UUAUUCAGCCGAAGGUUUUAAAUUGUAAUGCGAUCUUCUAAAUCACUUGCUUAAGCUAUCUGAUAUUAUUUUUCAAUGACUUGCAUUAUUUUAGGCAAAGGUUGUACAAUGUAAUGGAACAGCCGCCUGCCCAGAUGGCACCACAUGCUGCAUAAUGGCGACUGGUGAAUGGGGAUGUUGUCCUUUUCCAAAUGCUGUUUGUUGUUCAGAUGGUGUUCAUUGUUGCCCGCAUGGCAGCACCUGUACAUCAACAUCAUGUCAGAAAGGAUCUCAUGUGACUCAGUUAUUCAAGAAGAAACCCGCGAUUCAGGUGGGUAAUUGGCUGGGUAUUCGAGUUGUAUGCCCUUUAUAUGUAUAAUGUCUUUGUUUAUAUUUCCACAGUGCGUCGCGGCGUCGACCAAGACAUAAACAUCGAUCUUCAAACAAGAAGUCGAAAUAUACGGUGAUUCAGCGAAAUGUUUCACAUCAUAUUACUUAUAUGUUUUUUGUAUUAUUCCGUAGCUUAAUUCCUUCUUGUUUUUUCGUAAUAUAUCUUGUAAUAGACCUUAUUCAUAAAUCGCAAUCGGCGCCUCGUAUUCUAGGAAACGGGAAUAAACGCGGAAAAACAAGCGAAAGCUGCUUGUCAAGCCAAAUUCAGAUGCCAUUGUGUUGACUUUAACGGCUUGUUUCUUGUUGCUUAUUUCGAUUUAUAAUAAUUUUGUGUGUACUUUAAGAUGUUGUGCCCAAAGCGAAAGCUAUAAACGAGUAGGCCUAUUAUAUUAAAAAAACGAUCAGUUUUGUUUCCCCUUUUUUGUGUGGAAACGUAACGAUGAUGUUAAUCCAGAAGCGAAAAACAGCAUUUUACUGAGAUAUAUAUCGACUUAACGUCGAUAUACACCUUAUUCCAUGCAAAGUCAAGACAACUAUAGUAUGGAAGGAAAGUUUAUUUUUAAAAAUUUACCAGAAAACGUCAAAUGUACAUGUUAUUGAUUCGCAUGGAAAAAUAUGAACUGUGCAUGCCUGUGUCACGAAGACAUUCUGAAAGCAGCUUACAAGAUUAAAAAAUGAAAAAAAAUGAAAGUUACAUUUACCUGAGUGAGUUGUAAACCUAUUUUUUCAACAAUAGUUUCAUUGAGUCAACACUGAACGCAUCUGGCUCGCGGUUAGUUCAAUUUUGCCAUGGAAACACAAUAAUUCUAAAUUUCUAUUGUAUUUUUUGUACAAAACGCCAAAAAUAGUUGAAAGAUAUUUUAACCAGACAACAAUUAAUUUCCGAAAUAUGCACUGUAUAGAUAUUUGGCAUUUUGUAAGCUUUGAUUUAAGUUAAAUUAAUGUAAAAUUCAACCUGAAUCGCUUCGUAAAUUGCUUUGAAAUGUUCAUUGAACUAAACUGCUUUUGCCGAUAAACUAAUUUUACUUAAUAAUAAAACAAAAUAAGUUUAAAUUUUACCUUUUUUUCUUAAAUUAAACAGGGUAAUUAGGAAACGUACAGCUUCUUUGAAAAGGAAAAGGAAAGCAGUGCAUGUUUUUACGCAAGAAAUUAAAGCAAGCCAUCAUAAACAUUAAAUUAAACAUUCAAAGCAAACAUGCGCUGUAUAAUUUUACGAUUUCCCAUAGAAAAUAAAUUCUACUCAUUUCUUCAAACAAAACUGCUUCAAAACUCAUUCCAUGAACAAUUUUCCAAAUAUAUAUGUUUUUUAAAAUUGAAAUUUUGCUUAUCCCCACUCCAGGCAAACAGUCAUAAUUUUUUUUAGAUCUGCGAGGUCCGCACCCAUGAACCAUUGUUACGCGCCCGCGAUUAUUGAUGAACUUUAGACUUCGCUUUCCUUUCCCCGUUUGUAAAUAGCCGGGCGGAAUUAGUUCCCUCGCCCCGGGCUAACGGCCAGAACGGCGCUCCGUGCCGUGGGCUCGGCGAUAAAAGCGCUGCGCAUGUAUCUUCCCGCCCAUGCUACUAACUUGUGGACGAAGGGCUUUGCUCGAAAUGUCGAAGUUUUACUUAUAUGUUUGGUGUAUAGUUAAAUCCCUACGAAUUUUCUGGUUUAUCACUGGCGGUCUUGUUUUCAUAAGUCAUUAAGUCUGUAUAUCGUUCGCGUAUCGCUCGCGCUUGGACUGUUGCAUUUUGAAUGUUUCAGUUAGGUACUGCGCCCUCUGGAAAUAUCAUCACUUUUGGAUAAUAUUUAACUGUGUCCCCACGCUCUGGGUCUAUAAAUAUUGAAUAUUAUAAAUUAUUGUUAUUCAGCCAAAGGUUCUAAAUUGUAAUGCAAUCUUGUAAAUCACUUGCUUAAGCUAUCUGAUAUUAUUAUUCAAUGACUUGCAUUAUUUUAGGCGAAGGUUGUACAAUGUAAUGCAACAGCCUUCUGCCCAGAUGGCAACACAUGCUGUAGAUUGGAGGGUGGCCAAUGGGGAUGUUGUCCUCUACCAAAUGCUGUUUGUUGUUCAGAUGGUGUUCAUUGUUGCCCGCAUGGCAGCACCUGUACAUCAACAUCAUGUCAGAAAGGAUCUCAUGUGACUCAGUUAUUCAAGAAGAAACCCGCGAUUCAGGUGGGUAAUUGGCUGUAG